UUUUUCAAAGUCCCACAUCAUUGGACAAGGAAAUGGUAUAUACAAAAAGAGUUUAGUUAGUAUCCAGCGUUACUACACGUGAUUUCACAGUCUGGAUAGUGUUUGCUGAGAAUUUCUCUUGUCAGCUUGUGAUCUGCCUGGCCAAAACCCUGCAGUGACAGAAACACAGUACAGUCCCAGGGUGGAGAGAAAUAGGACUCUGUCUUCAAGUCAACUUACUACAGAGUAGCCGUAUAUCUUGAUGAGUUUGUCCCUGCUAUUAUGGUCAAUCCUCCCUCCCCCAAGACAUUCAUAGGUAAGACCGAGUCUGUGGAACUUGGGAGACACACGGUCCAGAAUGUCAGCGUGGUAGUCGGCCCACGAGUACCCGCGGACCACCAUCUUGGAGGCGCUGCUCUUCUUGUCUGACACUUUGAUCAAGAUGUACUUGUACACGCCGUCAGACUCUAUGUCCACGUCUGCUACCUGAUCCAUGAUCCCUGUUAUAUACGAGUGUAGCAGGACAAGCUGUCGGACAAGCUUUAGCAGGGAGGGCGGAGGCUAGGGAGUUUUUUUUGCAGACGUCAGCACUACAAACUACUGAGUCAGCAGACGCUCUCGAGUGCGCUCUUAUUAGAACUCUUGCCGUCGCGUGUGGACUCACUGUUCUCUCUCCAUGUCUUCAUCAACAGCGUCCAGUGUCGUUGGCAUGGACCAGACCGAGUUAUUCAAAGCGACUGUGCGGACGUUGAAGCUGAGGCGAAAAAAGCAGGGAGCCGCCGCCCUUUCCCCCGGUCCCUCCUCCUCCCCCAGUCACCAGCGGACUCCCUCUGAGUUUGCAACUCUUGCCAGAGAUGUAGUGGCAUUCAUCAGUAAACUUCAGGCGUUCCUACUCAAGCACAGGAAGAACUAUAUCGACUCAGCCAGACAUCUUCUAGGAGGAGGGUCAGCCAUGAGUGACAGUGAGAGAGAUGCCAUUGACUCAGAGGCACAGAAGUUCAUUGAAGGAUCUCUAGACAGAAUCAACUCCCUGAGAACACGCUUGAAUGAUAAUGUGACAGGAGCGCAGAUGAGUCAGUACAGACAGUCUGUGUUCGAGAGUCUACAAGACUACCUGAAGAAAGUGGCUAAUCUAUACAGCGAACAGAGGGCUAUAAGAAUCAAAAGGAUUGUCGACAGAAAAAGAACCUCUAGACUCCAGCCUGAGAAGUACAGGAGGUUACUGGGCUCUACUGGUUGUGGUAGGACUAGUCGAAGUAGCUUCGAAACCAGCUCUGGCCUCAGGACAAUUGAUAGGGAGCCUUCUCCCGCCCAGCAUCAGCUGCCCGACAAUGACGAUUGUGACAGUAGUGAUCCUGGUGAGGGUGGGAGGGAGGAGAGGGGAGUGAGGGGCGAGGAUGGGAGUUCUGGGACUACACUGAGGAACAGAUGGAGAAGAAGAGGGACUGGGGGAGGGGGGAGAGAAACGAGUGGGAAUCUAGCCACAUCAUCUCAGUUUUCCCAAGACUCACAUCUCACUGAAAAAGAAAGGACAGAGUUUGCGGAGGAGAAUGAGCAGCUACUGGAGCAUGUGACCACGAUGGUAGACGAAGUACGACAGAUCGAGGGGAGGGUCAUCGAGAUAUCCAAGCUCCAAGGACUAUUCUCUCAAAAGGUUUUACAGCAGGCAGAGCAGUUGGAGAGUAUAUCCAGGACAACAGUGGAGGCUGCUGAGAAUGUCAGCGAGGGAAACGAGCAGAUCAAAGGAGCCAUCAAGAACAAAGCAAGUCUGAGAGUUUGGAUCCUGUUCAUUCUCAUUCUACUCUCUUUUGCCAUUCUGUUCCUGGACUGGUAUAGCUGAAGACUGUUUGUCAAUCAUGUGUUUUUUUGUUUUGGAAGCCAAUCAUCAUUGGUUUUGUAGUACCGUACUUGAUUUUUUGGCAGAAUUUUUCGCUCUUGACUGAGAAAAA